AUGCAAGCCAAAAGAACCCUUAACAUUAAUGACGAAGCGGGUGUGCCUGUUCACAAGAGCUUUCGUUCGUUGGUGUCUGAUGCAGGGGGGUUUGAGAACUUGGAUUUUGUCGAAAGAGACGCAAGAAACUAUAUUGGUCAGCAACGUCGCACAUUAGGGAAGGAAGGUGACGGACAAGCUUUAUUAAAUCAUUUUUCCAGUAUGAGGGAGUUGAACAAAGACUUCUUUUUCGAAAUUGAUGUUGAUGCAGAUAAUCGCAUAAGCAAUAUAUUUUGGGCAGACGGAAGGAGUCGGGUUGCAUGUGCAGAUUUUGGUGACAUUGUGUCCUUCGACACCACAUACUUAACUAAUAAGUACGAUAUGCCAUUUGCACCAUUCGUGGGUGUUAAUCACCAUGGUCAGUCAAUCUUAUUAGGGUGUGGGCUUCUAUGUGCUAAAGAUACUGGUACCUUUGUGUGGCUAUUUCGAAGUUGGUUGCGAUGCAUGGGAAAUAAAGCCCCUGAAGGAAUUGUCACUGAUCAAUGCAGGGCGAUGCAAAAUGCCAUUGAAAUUGUCUUCCCCAACACCCGACAUCGUUGGUGCCUUUGGCACAUCAUGAAAAAACUACCAGAAAAAUUAGUGGGAUAUACCAAAUACAAGGAAAUUAAGCAUGGUGUAAAAGAAUUGGUAUAUGAGUCAGAUAGUGCUGAAGAUUUUGAGAAUGGGUGGGCAAAGUUCAUUGAAAAGUAUGAUCUUCAACUUAAUGAAUGGCUUUACACUCUUUACAAAGAAAGACGUCGAUGGGUUCCUUGUUAUUUGAAAUGUCAUUUUUGGGCAGGCAUGUCCACAACUCAGAGAAGUGAGGGAAUGAAUGCUUUCUUUGAUGGGUUCAUCAACUCUACUACAACACUCCAACAGUUUGUUGUCCAAUAUGACAAUGCCCUUCGUUCUAAGUCAAAGAAAGAGUGCGAAGCAGAUUUUGCUUCUGCUAAUACUACCCUUCCAUGUGGCUCUCAGUCAUUUAUUGAGAGACAAUUUCAAGAUGAAUACACUCAUGCGAAGUUUAGUGAAGUGCAAAAUGAGCUUCGGUCAAAAUAUAUUGUUAAAGAGGCGUUGAUAUGGAAAGACCAAAGUGCAGACAAAUUUAAUGAAGUUAUAUUUGAUGUUGAGACAAAAGACAUUGAAUGCACUUGCCGGCUUUUUGAGUUUAGAGGAGUUCUUUGCCGCCACAGCUUGAUGGUCCUUGCCCAAGAGGAGGAUGGGGAACUACAUACUUCAAUUGCACCAGCUAAUGAAAUUUUGAUUGCUCAAAGUGGUUCCACAACCAACAUGGAACUAGUAUCAUCAAAGAGGACAUUUUUUGGAUCAAUUGGGAUGAUCAACAUGGCAUAA